UUUUAAACUCUAACUUACGAUUCUCGCGUUUGGCAGUGUGUCCCGACGCUUUUAGCGAACACAAUCAACGGUUUAACAUCCAUUUAACAUACGGGCGGCGGAAAGGAAUGACGACGUUGGUAGUUUAGAAAGCGGACUAGGUGACGUGGAGGAUUGACACCCAGGCGGUCCUCCGCCCUCUCCUUUUUGAGAAGGCGCUCCGAGUUUUGGUGACAGAGGAGGCUGAGCUCAGCCCGUCCCGUGCAGGAGGAGGUUUUCCGGGGCAGCAUCACUUUUGAAAGUUGGCGUGACAGUUUUCCAAGAGUCUCCAAAACAUCAACAACGGGUCUCGGUGUUUACCCUGCCAAAAGGUCAAAGGUCAAAGUCUUUAGGUGUGUUUUGAAGUCAUUUACCGGACUGGCUGCUGCAGCUCCUGAGCUGGUGUGUUUAGAUACUUGCUUCCUUAAAUAGGAUGUUCCCAAGCCGGGCUGGAUCGGCACACUCUGCGAACGGAUCAGCUUCAGCCAGCAGGGGCAUCGCAGGACACGGGUCGGGGCACCUCGGGAGCGGACUCCGUCCCGUUUUGGCCAAAGCCGGACAGUCGUCAGCAGGGUUCGGUACCAGCGUGGGUGUCGGUGUUGGUGUUGGGGCUGCGAGCGGGCGACAGGCGGGGGGUAGGAGCAGCAACAGCAUCGGGAUGUUGGGGAGCAACGGCCCCCCGGGAGGUUCGAGAGGCGUGAGGACAGGUAACGGGACGGGGCUGACCACCCUGCAGCCCCCCGGACUGCAGGGGGGCCUGGGGGCGUUGAACGUCGGGCUGGACAUGCACGGGGGGACGAGGUACGAGCGGGACAACAACCAGAGCGGCUCGGAGAACGACUCCGACUCCGGCGAGGAGGACGACCAGAUCGGUUCCAUCGGGGACAGCCGGAGAGGGGUGAAGCGGGAGAGGUGCGAGAUGGAGGCGGCCGUGACGGGGCAGGAGAUGGGGGUCCCCCCUGGAGCGUACGGCAUGGUGCCCGGGGGGGUCGCCGGGGCGAAGCCGGGCAAGAAGACGCGGGGGCGCGUCAAGAUCAAGAUGGAGUUUAUUGACAACAAGUUGAGGCGCUACACAACUUUCAGCAAGCGGAAGACUGGUAUCAUGAAGAAGGCGUACGAGCUCUCCACACUGACGGGCACCCAGGUGCUGCUGCUGGUGGCCAGCGAGACGGGCCACGUGUACACCUUCGCCACGCGCAAGCUGCAGCCCAUGAUCACCAGCGAGACGGGCAAGGCCCUGAUCCAGACCUGCCUCAACUCGCCCGACUCGCCGCCGCGCUCCGACCCGUCCACGGACCAGCGCAUGAGCGCCACGGGCUUCGAGGAGACGGACCUCACGUACCAGGUGUCCGAGUCCGAGAGCAUGGGCGAGGGAAAGGACACGCUGAAGCCGGCCUUCACGGUGGCCAGCCUGCCAGGGGGCGUGGUGACCAGCGGGCAGUCCACGGUGCCCACCACCUCCACCAGCAUGCAGGUCAGCAGCUCCUUCCCCAUCACCAACUACCUGGCGCCCGUCUCGGCCGGCGGCGGCAACUCCGGCGCCAACGGGACCCUCCUGAAAGCCGGCGGCGGAGCCACCUCGGGGGUCAUGCAGCUGCCGGGGGGAUUCACGUUCAUGCCAGCAGGCACAGCCUUUCCCCCUGGCACCCCCACCAUUCCUCUGAGCCAGCUGCAGCACCACUCUCUGGCGCUGGCGGGCCAGCACGCCACGCAGGGGGCCCAGGCCGUGUUCCGAUUCCCCGCCGCAGUCUCCCUCGCAGCGACGGCGAGCAUGCCGGCCAACAUCGUCACGACGUCGGGUUCGGCGGGUCACAUGAUGUACCCCAGCCCCCACACGGUGAUGUACACCUCCUCGCCCGCGCUGACUGACGGGGGGCUGGCCGUGCUCAACGCCUUCUCCCAGGGCUCCUCCUCCAUGCACGUGUCCCACGGCCAGGGCCAGGACUCGGGUGGCGUCCCCCAGGUGUUCCUGGCGGCCCCUCCGGGCUCGGUGCAGAUCCCCGUCUCAGCGGUGCAGCUUCACCCAGUACGGCAAGAUCUCCAUUUCACAAAUGGUGAUUGGACAGCAGUCGAGCGGCAGUAGCAGCACACUGACGGAGCUGAAGGUGGUGAACCUGGACGCGGCCCAGGGCUCCAAGGGGGACUGACGGGCGGAGGGCGUGCCCUGCUGGGGCGGAGCCGCCGGCACCCACGGACAGACCCACUGACACAUGGGACGGACUGAGGUUUCUAUUUAUUGCUGCCUUCCUCUGCGAAACCGUACGUCACGGCGUGGCCUGGCGACACAAACACACACAUAAACAGACACACACACAAUCAAGGGCCUAUGUGUUGCUUAUCCAUGUGAGUUCAUCUAAUAUAUAUUUAGAUAGAUAUAUAUAUAGAUAUAUAUAUUUGCUAAAUAAAUAUACUGCGCUGUUCACCACGGCCGUCAUUGUAACCUUUUUUCUAUACCACAGAUGGUGUUGUUGUGCUUGCGCAUGCUUAUUUUGAAAUGAGUCAGUACACACACACACACACACACACACACACACACACACACACACACACACACACACACACACACACACACACACACACACACACACACACACACCAGCCAAAGAGACAUUCACUUGUCUGAAUGUUCAAGUGUGCGUAGUUUGUGUAUUGCGUUUUUAAUUGUGCGUACCUUGACAUUUGUAUUGUGGUGAGGACAUUGAUAUUGACUUUAUUUGGAAAAAAUGUACAUAGCACAUUUUUCUAAUUGAAACUUUGUAUUUUGGCCUGUUUAAGUUUGUACAACAGCAUGUCUGUUUUUGUUUAGUUUUUUUGUACGUCGUUUUGUAUCUAUAUGGAAAUGGUUUGCAUAGCGAAACGAUAAAUAAUAAUUAAUAUUUGAAGAUAAAUAAUAUACAAAGAUGAUUGUGAUUUGAGAUGUCAUUACAUCCACCCAGAUAAUUUUCCAUCUGGAAAUGAUGCGAUGGAUAGCAUCUUUAAAAAUGUGAUAUUUCGCUGAAAUAAUAUUUUACGUAUAUAACGGCUAACAUACUGAUAGUUACUACUUCAAUAUCGUUUCAAUUAUCUGUCAACUAAAGCAAAGAAUACAGCUCAGAUUAACAACAGUCGUUACAUUUUAAACCCAGUUGAACUUCAUUGGCUGAUAUUUGCACUAUCAAGACCAUUAGCAGCAUUGAUUUAUUUAAAGGGAACCUGACCCCCUCUGUUGGUUUAAAUGGUUUGGCGGUGGCAUUUAUAUCAUAUUCCCUUGCAGGUAGCUAUUCUAUCACACUCGUGAGGUGAUUGGGUAUCAAUCAAUCAAUUUCAUCAAAUAGUGAGUUAACGAUGAAUUAAAAUCAAGGUAUUUUCUUGACACUGCUCACAAACGGCCUUAAGUGAACCCAUCAACCUGCUAUAUUGUACAAAGCAACAUGUGAAUGUAAAUCUACGACCCCUAUGCUAAGACAAUAGACUUUAUGAACGAAGCGUGUCCCACUUGGUUUCCACACACAACGGUUCCGUGGUGUAGAACGACAACAUUGCCGCUGGGUACACACGCAUCGCUUGUAUUUUUGAGUGUUCAAGUUUAUAUAUAGGCUAUAUUUUGUGAAAGGAAUUAAGGCCCCGAUUUAUAUGUGCAGACUGUGCACGAUUCUCCAUGAUGUUUAUGAGGAUGUUUAGUAACAGAAUGAACCGCUGUGCCUUUUUGAAUUCCGCGGCUGUUUUCCCAUGACGCGCUCUUCGUACAAGGGGCCAUGUCGGAUUUGAAUCUCUUGUAGGGCCCUCUGACGCAACAUCUGACCUAUUGCAUGAUACUCCUCACUGAGUGGGACAGGGUUUGGGAAUCCAGGUGAACACGAUGUGCCACAUGACCCGGCAUGUCAGACUGUGACUGAGAGCCAACGGGGGGGGAACGCCACAUACGCCGAUGGACCCAUGCCAGGCAUCGCUGCAUGCUCAUUGGCUGGCAGACGACAGGAAGAGGUGUUGUUGAAACUACUGCUUUCUUUUCGUGCGUCUGUUCAUGUGGUUGUGCUUCGGCUUCGAUCCCCCGCAGAGCUGUUGGCUCGGUUCUGACGGGGGAAGAGACUGUUUAGGAUCAGCGGAGACCGCUUCUGUGCCGGCGUUUACACUCUGAAGUAUUAAUAACUGUUUCAAUAUCCUCCAUGCUUAUUUCAGUGCCACCGAGAGCUAAAAAAAAAAAGGUAUCUAUUUUGGAUUUAUUUUUAUUUAGUCUUUUGUUUUUUGGGAUCUUUGUGUAACCUUAUGUACAGACUUUUGUAUUAAAAACAACAAACCAAGCAAUGACCAUGCGUCGGGCUACAGAAAGCUGUGUUUUAAUGUAUUUAUUGGGACGGAGAAGGUUUGAACAAAGCCUGAUUUGUGUGUGCGAUGACAGGCGUUGGAUGGAGAUGGUCGUAUGAAUCAAUGCCCCUGAGUGAUGGAUACUGCUUACAAAAUGAGUGUGAGGCAUUGAUGCUAGUGAUGAACAACACAAAUGCUUAUACCAUGGGCUGCAAAGGUAACAGAAGUCCCACUUGCCUUCAGUCAAAAAGUAAAGAAAAAAUCUAAGAAUCCCCAAUCCCCAAUGUACAGAGUUAAGCAGCAAUGAGGUUACCACGAUUAAACAAAAGCGAAGUGGAGCGCACGGUACAGUGAUUGGUCUGAGCUGAACAAACAAAGAAAAGAAAAGCAAACAGAAAAACCAAAAGCUUGUUAACUAUUUUACAAACAGAGUAAACCAUGCAAGAAAUGUAAGAGGUGGGAGCAAGGGGCGGACCCAAUCCUAGCCAAUGAGCUUCUAGCAGAGGGGAGGGAGGCGGGGUCCUCAGCAGGAGGUACCCCCCCCCACCCCCAGUAAAGUAAGGCGUGGCGUCUUCUCCAAAACAAAGUGCGGGCCGCUAACUAUCCAAUCGCCCGACGCUGGUGGGCUGCGUUCCAAACCAACGAUGUAAAAAUGACACACGCGUAUAUACACGGUAACUUCAUGCACUUACAAACCAGACGACGGCCAUACUGCUAUUGUACAUCUACAAUUUACACAUGUCCUACAAGGUGGUAACGAAUAGAUGUAAAAAAAUGUGCAUGAUUGUUUUUCUUAACAUAUAUAUAUGAAAUUUGACUAUUCGUAAAUCGCCAAGAUUAUAUUUUUUUGGUUUAAGAAAAAAGGUUCAAAAGUGAAAAGUGUUUCUGUGUUUCGUAUAUGUACAUUAUGAACAGGUAAAGAAGUUAAUGUGCAAUUCUGAUCCAAUGCAAACAGUUGCAUACGCAAGCCGGGCUGUUGCGAUUCUCGACUGAUGCUGGGGCUCAAAACACAAUCGAGGCUCACAUCAAUCUGUUGAUCCGAGAACCGUUUCAAUCCUGCAUACCAACAGCAAAUCUCAACACACGCACAAACUGGCACGCAUACACACCAUGAAGACUAGCCCGCCCCCUAACCACAUGUCAAUCAUACCAACAUCCAGACUGGGAACAUUCAAUGGGCACCAGUAUAUAGAACAUUUCAUAGCAUGAACAUUAUCUUUUAUAUUACUGCAUAUUGCAAUGAAUGUAGUCAAAUGAAUCCUUGAUCAUUGAGGUGAAACCUCUUGUCUCAGGAGUCAUCGAAACAAAAAGCAUAAACAAUACUGUUGGUAAAUGUAAUACCUCACAACCGGUCGGAAUCGCGUCCGAAAGGAAAUUAACUACAGCAUGACUUUCGGUGAUGAGGUGCACCUCCUGCACCUCAUCAUCAAGACAGGACAGUUACAGCCUACCCCAAUGGAUAGCAUCACCAAGUUCCCACCUCGUAUAGUGGGGGAGGAAUGUGCUAGUCUUGAGCUUUUUAAUACCUAAAUAGCCUAGGAGUGAUGCCCCCCUUCCCCCAAAUUGCCACGUUGGCAGGAAAUAACAAAGAAUAAUAGGCAACCGGUGCAGCUCAAAGAGAAGUCUGGAAACAGUUGAGAACAUUCCUAAUUGGUGGGAUUGUAAAGAUGCUAAACAUUUGAGUAAUUAGCUUGUGAUUGGUGCGGGCGUGAGUUGAAAGCAGACCGCUUGAAGCCGGUUCGGUUAUCUAGGUCAUGAGAAGAAGUGUCGUCCUACUCUAUUUAGGUUACGCUGAUCGUUUAAAAUGUAUUGUUCCCUCUUCUACACAAAAAAGGCAACCUGAAAGCGAAAGCAAAAGUAAACGAUAAAAACAUUUUAAGAGAGCUUGGCAUUUCAAUCAUGAUGUCAAGUGUCUUUGAUGCGGUUGCUUAAAUUAUCCUUUCCCUCCCGUAAUCUUUUAGUUAUUAUAAGUAGAUGAUCAAAUAGGCUGGAAAAGGCUUAACACCUCCCCAAGAAACAAACGAACAAUUAAACACAUGAUGUUAACGAAUAAAACACAAAUUAAAGUGAACACCUGUAACGGAAAGGUGUGACUCCACAUUAAGGCAUGGACGCUGACAAACGCUUGAUACAAGGAACCAUAAAUAAAUACACAUCGAGACGCACACACACUCGCAAACACACACUCAUCCCCAGAGAUCACUUACUCUAGGGAACACACACUCACCUCGUGGCUGGCCAGAAAGCAGAGGAAGUGGAGGAGGAGAGAGCGUGAUAAUGCGGAGGCUGUGUGUG